GGGGUGGGGUGGGGUUAACUGUGGGGUCAAGCUCACCCGCGUCUUAACACUGAUGCUUCGAGAGAGAGAGAGGGAUAGAGGAAUAUAAAGGGAGAGAGGGAUUAUGGUUAAUCCCUCACAAACGAGUGAAUUUGUUUAUGAAGAUUAAAAUCUCCAUUUAGAAUAUGGAAUUGUAAUCCAGGAGUAAUCAUUCAAUCACUGACAUACAACACUCCUCCCCCAUCGCAACCUGAUCCAUGUCACAUUUAACCCUUUCUAAUUAACCCACGCCCUUCCAUCAAUCUCAUCGUUCUUCAUGUAUUACCAGACCAUUUGCAGGAGAUCCCUGUUUGUAUAGUAUGAUAACCCUCUCAGUUCCUCUCUUUACCAUAAUCCAUGUUUAGCAAUGGAAUGAGUUCAGGGGGAUAACGCUUGUGCAAUGAAAUGGAUGUUAAUUUCUUCCAGUGCAAUACAAUGUGUAUAUAAAGUGCAAACAGUUGCUUUCAAUUUUGAAUAUAUUUCUGUGCCAACAAUUUACCUCUUUUCUUUCUCCAGGAACUAAAAUGAGAAAUGAUCAGAUCAUUUAUAUACAAGGUACUGUGCCAGUAAAGCACCACACAUAGGGCUCAUAGUAUAGGAAAGCUAGAGGAAGAGCAAGGAUUAGUAUCCAUCUUGGGGAACAAAAUCACACUGCAGAAUGUUCAAGGAUUCAAACCAUUCAAAGGAGCUGUCACUGCCACAUGCACCAAGUGGCAAUUUUGGAGAGCAGUCACACUGGAGGAGAUGCUGACCUCCUGCACCAACCACUGAAUACACCAAUCCUCUGGCAGUUGGAGCCCAGAUUUGCAUCCCCAUCCAUGACAUCCUCCAUGUAGGCAGCAGGAGUGACGGAGAAGGAGGGAAAAUCAGAGCAACAUUUCUGUUGACGUGUGGGAGGAAAAAGUAAAUGAAAGACAGAAGGAGUGUGGGAUGAUAGGAGAGGGUCCUCAUCAGCGGGGCGGCUUAUAAAGAGGAAACUGCAUUGUGGGUGAUAAGUCAAAUUCAGCUGGUCAUGAGAUUUGAUAGACGCAGACAAACAGAAAAGAAAGCAAUAGAACGAGAGCAGAGGAGAGUGCCACGAAGAACAAGAUAAAACAGGCGUGAUACAAAACAUCUAAACAGCACAGUGUACGUCGUUUCUGCAUUUUGAGCAUUUUUUCUGUCAGCCUGAAGUCACUUCCUGUCUGUUGCCAUCGGUAACAGCACCUCCACCAGUUGCCAUGGGUGAAAUGGAUCAGCUGCGCAAAGAGGCGGAUAGCCUCAAGGAGCAAAUUACCGCUGCUCGCAAGUCGGUCCAUGAUUCCACCCUGGGGGAGGUGGUGGCGUCGACGCCUGUGGUCGGCCGUGUUCAAAUGAAGACCAGGAAGACUCUGCGGGGUCACCUGGCCAAGAUCUAUGCCGUGCACUGGUCCACUGACUCCAAGCUGUGCGUCAGCGCGUCCCAGGACGGCAAACUCAUCGUGUGGGAUAGCUACACCACAAACAAGGUGCAUGCCAUCCCUCUCAAGUCAUCAUGGGUGAUGACAUGUGCUUAUGCUCCUUCCGGAAACAUGGUGGCGUGCGGCGGCCUGGAUAACAUGUGCUCCAUCUACAACCUCAAGGGCAAAGAUGGCAACGUCAAGGUCAUGCGUGAGCUGGCCGCACACACCGGGUACCUAUCCUGCUGCCGAUUCCUGAAUGACAGCGAGAUCAUAACUAGCUCUGGUGACUGCACUUGCGUGCUAUGGGACAUCGAGACGGGCACUCAGAAAACCAUUUUCAGCGGCCACAUGGGCGACUGCAUGUCCCUGGCCGUGUCACCAGACUUCAACCUAUUCAUCUCUGGAGCGUGCGAUUACACGGCCAAGCUGUGGGACAUCCGGGAGGGUGCCUGCAGACAGACCUUCUCAGGGCACGAGAGUGACAUCAAUGCCAUCGGGUUUUUCCCGAACGGGGAUGCUGUACUGACAGGCUCCGAUGAUGCCACCUGCAAGAUGUACGACCUACGGGCCGACCAGGAACUUAUCACCUACCAGGAUCCCAGCAUCAUGUGCGGUGUCACCUCAAUAUCACCCUCCCUGUCCGGACGCCUCAUCCUGGCCGGCUACGAUGACUUCAACUGCAACAUCUGGGACUCGCUGAAGGCCGAGAGAGUCGGAGUGCUGGCUGGUCAUGACAACAGGGUGAGCUGCAUUGGGGUGACACCUGAUGGAAUGGCAGCCUGCACAGGAUCCUGGGAUAGUUUCCUGAAGGUCUGGAACUGAAUUCGGCCUCCAGAGAGCAACAGGAAUGUCCUGGAAAGUGUUCUAGAAGGGGGUGAUACAAAUGAAUAUUAAAAGAGAUGGAUCUAAUGGGUAUAGCCACUUGGAAACAGUGGGGGAAAGGGGGCAUUUCAUCCUUUUAUCAUUUUGGGAGACCCAGAGGGAGAUAUUUUUUCUUUCCUUCACACCUUUUUCUCUCCUUUCUCCCAAUUUACACCCGGGAGAAAUGGAAUCAGGCAUGAGUUCCCAAUGCUUCCAGGCAGUCUCACAGAACAACACCUGCAGUAUAGCCUCAGAAACUAGCUGUCGCACAUUAAAACCAACUUCUUUCAUUUGUUUAGAUUUUCCCAAUUGUGCAUAUUUUCCAUGCAGUGAAUCUUAACUUUAAAUCCAUUUUAAAAAGCAAAUGUGCAACUUCAGCACUUCUAGUCUUCACCCUUGUGAACAAAAAGAGGCAGUGACACAGGACUUCCUCCAGGAAGGCGAUCGGGUUGACGGAUUUAAAAAAUGCUCAGUACACUGUUCUAAAAACCUGGACCCCUCCCCCCCAAAUUCUGCUUUAGAGAUUUGACCCCAUUUUCUCUAUAGAACAAAGAAACCCUUUAAAAUAACCCACUUUCCCAUUAAAAGUCACUAAUUUCGGUACACCCUGUUCCUCAGCUCUUCCUAGGAUCUUACACCUACCUAAUAUAUAAGCUAAUCAGUCUUUCUUGCCUUUGUAGUAAUUUA